AUGUUGCUGAGCGACCUGGUCAACGACAUGGGCGAUGGCGACUUUUCCGACCAUUCCCCCACCAAGGCCGACUCCCUCCAGGCGCCGACGGGCCCGUCGCAGCUGAUCCCCAUCCCCCAGUCGCUGGGCACCAGCGAGUUCAACUUCGCCACCCUGCCGCUCCUGCCCCGCGCCAGCGAGUUCUUGCGCCCGUUGCUCCACCAUAAACUGCGAUCGCUGACCAACGUCAACGCCCCCAAUGCCUCCCGCGGCCGCUCCAACUCUAACACUAACAUGAGCGAGGCGCUGACCAGCAUACGGCAGCACCGCGACUCGUUUUUGCAGCAUAACCCCUUGAUUGACACCAACUCCAAGUACUUUGGCGUGCCGCUAGACGUCGCCAUCGACCAGGCGCUGGCCAAAAUCUCCAUCUUUAGCGACUCCGCCGACGACACCCAGCUGUACGGCCGCAUCCCCAUCGUCGUCGCCAAGUGCGGCGUCUACCUUAAAAAGAAAGGGUUGACCGUCGAGGGCAUUUUCCGCGUCGGCGGGUCGCUGAAACGGCUAAAGGAACUCCAGCAGAUCUUCGAUAGCCCGCCGGACUUUGGCAAAAAGCUCUCUUGGGACGGCUACACCGUCCACGACGCCGCUCUGAUAUUGCGCCGCUACCUCAAUGCAUUACCCGAACCAUUAAUUCCGUUGGACAUGUACGAAAGCUUUCGUGACCCGUUACGCGAACGCCCCCGCAUCAUCAACUACAUGAAAUUCAAAGCGGAAAACCCCAAUAAGCUGUUACGAAGUCAGGACGACGCCGACGACGUGUCGCCGCUCACCGAGGCCAACGUUGAUCGAUUUAAUCUGGCCGGCGACGACGCUGAGAAUGCGGGGCCGCUGGUGACGACACCGACGCUGGAACGGCCCCGCAAGGGCAAAAACUACCGCAAGUUGACCCGCGACGUCCAUUGCGCCAUCGAAGAAUAUAAGCAGUUGGUGCUGCAGUUGCCGAACUUGCUGAAGCAGCUUUUAUUCUACAUCCUCGAUCUCUUGGCGAUGGUGCAAAACCACUCCUGCGAAAACCUCAUGUCCCUGCGCAACUUGGCCGCCAUUUUCCAGCCGCUGAUUUUGUCCCAUCCCGACCACGACAUGGACCCCGAUGAAUACGCUCUUUCACAACUGGUGGUGGAGUUCCUCAUCCAGUACGCCUACAAGUUAUUGCCCAACCACGGGGCCCAUGCCGCUGUCGCCGCCCCUGCCCCCGCCCCUUCCACCUCCACUCUGGUGCCGGUAUUCCCCGCGCCGACGGCGGCCCUUCUCACGGAAGCGCUGCUCCCCCCGCCCACCACGCGCCUCGACGUACUGACGUCGGCGGGAGUGUCGCCGGCGACGCUGACGACGACAACGCCGUUGGAAACCGAACCGUUGCCGUUGCACUCCCCCGAGCCCAAGGGCCCGCCGCGUCUCUCCGUCGACACCGCUGCGGUGGCCGACUCGCUGUCGGCACUGACAGCGAAGGACCCCGUGAUUGUGGUGCUGUCGGUGGAACAUUUCCCGGUGCAGGUGACCCCCACCCCCUCCACGCCCCACGAACCCUAA